AUAGCUUCUGGCUGGUGCCUUUUGUGCCAUGUCUGAUAACAAGAAGCCAGACUGCGGCCAUAGUGGCUCAAAUGGUGAAGAUGAUGGAAAUAGAUUCCUGGAAGAAAUUCUAAUGUCUCUGCAGUGGCUGAUCUUCAUUGCUGCUACAGCAGGUUUUCUGGCAUUCCAGUUAAUCACAAACGCCAUUUAUGAGAAGCAGUAUGGGGGAGAUGUGGCUUGGAUAUCCAAGCAGAGCAGGCAGAUGUUCCCGAUUGACGAGGAGGAUGAGGACAUCAAGGAUGAGGGCAUGGAGGAUGAGGAUGAGGAAGAAUUGAAGAACCAGAUGGAAGCAGAGGAGGUCAGGGCAGAAAAUGAGAUGCUCAUGGAAGAGGGUGCAGGAGCUCUGUGCCUCACUGACUUAGCGACCUGUAACUGUGUUCAUAACCAUCAAUUAAGGAAGAAAGAAUUUAAGUGUGCGCUGUUUUAUUUCUUCCGUGAGCCUAAGUUCAUGGUGUCUGCCCCAUCCAAAUCUGACAAACCCAAUGAAUGGGAGUAUGAAAAUGCUGCUGAAGAAGAUGCAGGGGAAGAAGAGGAGGAAGAUGAUGAAACUGGAGAGCUGGCUAGAGAGUCAAAAAAGAGCCUGGACUCUGCAGAGGGCUCCCCACCGUAG